UUUGCCACCGCGACGUAGGCCUACGUGCAAUUUACAUUAUGCGCGGGCUCGAGGAUAAUGUGCAUAUAUCAAUACGCUGGGCUUGCAACCUCUAGCUGUCGCGCAUGCAGCACGAAUGCCGCACCCAGGCUGGCUGUGCGCGGUCCGGAAGACGUGCUGUGGGAAAUGAUUCAAGAUAUCCGUUUUGAGUCGGUGAUAUAUUAAGUGUUCUGAACAAAACCAACCACGACGAUUCCGACACGAAACAUGGCCGACUCAACAUCUGAUACAACCGUGGUACCUAUGACCGGGGUGGAGGCUGCAGGUAAUGACUCGCCGGUGGAUGUCACAGACCAGCGAACCAUCAAACCCUUCUACGUGCUCCUGAGCGAGUUGAGCAAGGAGCUUUUGAAAUGUGAGCUGCAGCAAGCCCGCCUCCUGUGCAGCAAUCAAGAAGGGGUGCCAGCUGGCAAACUCGAAACUAAAGACCCAGUUGAACUGUUGAGGGUGCUGGACGAAUGUGGAAUUAUUGGAGAGGACAACACGCACUUUUUGAAGGAGCUUCUGGAGAAAUCCGGCUGCGACUAUGGAAGAGUUUGGGUUGAAGAAUACGACAAAGAAAGGCGAGAGCACCUGAAGAACGUUGAGAUCUUGCUUGGACGGAAGGAUCCGUUCUUCGUCGGGCGGACCACGUUUGUCAGUCGGAUCCUGGAGGUGUUCCGUGACCAAUCCCACAAGCGAUGCCGCUGCGUACUGGUCUACGGACUUGCAGGCACAGGCAAGACCAAACUGGCUGGGGAGAGCUGCGCAAUAUACAAAGAACAGGUUCGAUCCGGUGCAAGGCUAUUCCGUGUCAAUCUUCGCAAAGCAACCGAGAUGGAAGAAGUUGGGUUAUGGAUCCUCAACACUGUCACCGGCAAGCAGAUCACACAGGGACAGUUUGACAUGGCACUGGUUAGGUCAUGGAUCAUGAAUUGUUCCCAAGAUACCAUACUGCUGUUGGACAAUGCUGAUGACAUCCUUAAUCCGUCGUCCUACAGUAAGGAUCACUUUGUUAAUACCCUCACCGACCUCCUGUCUAUUACCAACCACUUAGUGAAGAUCCUUCUUACUUCUCGCCAUCCUGUUGAUUUCGUGGGCCUCAGGGAGCUCGACAAUUUCGUGGAGAUAAAACUUGAGCCGCUGCCUGUCAACGAGUCCCUGGAGCUGCUGACAAAGAUGGUCACCCAUGCUCAGAAACUGUCUGGUCCGGUUUCUGUCGGCGGGGAGGCACUGCGAGAUGACGAAGCACUGAUCGAGGUCGCCAAGCUCUGUGGCAACAACCCCAAAGCCCUGCGCGCCGUGGCGAGCCGACUGAGCAGUGGGUUCAGCCCUAAGGAUCUCGUUGAGGCUCUAGAGUGUCCGGAAGACGCCCAACGAGUAUUGGAUCCGGGAUCCUUAGGAGCUUCAGCCGCCGUUCAAGAUGAAAGGAAGGAUUUCGAAGAUCAGACACUGGUUCUUCACUCCCUCAAUGCCAUGUACGAGCAGCUCCCUCCUCACCUGAAAGAAGCCCUGUUGAAACUCUCUGUCUUUCCAAGCUCCUUUAGUUUGAGUCAAGGGGCGAAGAUUCUCGGAAAGGAUCGACCAAGUGCAGCUAGGUUUGAUCUGGAAGACCUAAAAAAGUGGAGCCUUGUUGACAGAGAUGACUUCAGUAUCACUGACACAGGAAUGACCGAGAACGAGCCCUACUAUUACAUGCAUCCGUUGGUGCGAUCAGUUUGUUUAAGUAAGAUACCAUCGAACGAGAUGUAUAAAUUAGCUUAUGAAGACGCGCUUCGCCGGUUCUUAAAGCACAUAGAAGACCUUUUGAAAGAGCUAACUCAGCUGGGCCACACAGACUUUGUCAGAGCGUUAGCAAAAUUUGAAUCAGACAAGACCAACGUUUUGCACUACUUGGAGCUUGGCAUGGGUAACAAGUUUGGUUGUCGGACUUUAGGCGAAAAGGAGAACACCAACUCUCCCAUUCCCUUUCCUGAGACAAAAGAGGGGUUGUUUAGCAUUUUCGAGACCUUUCUUGAUCCCUCUAAACGAUUGGAAUAUUACGAAAAUAUGAGCAUAAGGAUGCAGGCCAGCGGAGAACCCGAAGCGUGGGCUUACCUACGAGGGUGGAUGGGUGAUGAGCUCUACGUUAGGGCCAAAUAUGACGAAGCGUGGAAGGCAGUUGAAGAACCGCUCAGAGUGUUGGAAACGCGAGCUUCUGGCCCCUCUGGCCGAACGGAUGAUCUGGAGAGGGCUCGGGCUCAACUUCUGUACGUGAAGGGCCGUAUCCUGGUGGCCAAACGCAAGUACAAAGACGGUAUUGCUGUCCUGAAGCAAGCCUUGUCGAUACAAGAGCGUCUUCUUGGAAAUCACACACUCACAGCCCGCUGCCUCAACGGUUUGGGUCAUGCCUACUUUACUAAGACAGAUGAGUACCGCCACUCAACUGGCUCCGCGGAAGCCCACGAAUACCACAUGAAAGCCUGGGAGAUGCUAGUGAAAAUCACUGGUGGCAAACCAGAGAAGCACUUCGAUGGGCCCAUGUACUUGCUCAACAUUGGCGCCACCUUUCAUGAGAUGGGAAAGAAACGGAAAAGCAGCGACAAGGAGAAGGCUAAGGAGUACUUUCAGCUUGCCAUCAAGAAUUAUGAGGAGGCAUAUGACCUGGAGAAAGCCCUAAAACUGUCCAAUUCUCCAAACACUGCGUUCGUCCUCAAGAACAUGGCUAUGAGCUACUGUGAAAUGGAGGAAUAUGAGAAAGCUGUGCCGUUGGCAACGGAAGCGGUUAACAUCCGGGAAGAGACCAUAGGCGUGCAUCCCACCACAGCCCGCAACCUCUUUUUCAUUGGUUCCCUAUACGACAGUUUGGGGGACGAAUGCAAGAAAUUAAAGAAGCCUGAGGACAUAAAGAAGGUUUCGGAGAACUACAAUAAGGCGCUGGAAUUCUACAACAGGGCCUUCCGCAUGGAGGUCAAACUUGGACCGUCCAACCACAGCAUCGAGUACGAUGACCUAAAGGAAGAUAUGAAGUGCCUACUCGGGAAGAUGCACAUGGAUAGGGAGUUGGACAACUAUCGCAGGAUGUUCAAAAAAGCGGAUUCCGGCACUCUCCACUUCGAAAAUGAAGGCGUGGACUCCACGUCUGAAUCAGGAGAUGUCUCCCCGUCCCGGAAGCGGUCUCCCCGGGCGAGGGACCUCGAGGAAGGAUGCGCCGGGGUCGGCCACGAUGGUGAUGAGAUGGCCGGACCCAGCAGAGGGCGGGCACCAGGUCCUGUGUUUCCAGACGAAUAUCCAAGCAAGCGCUCCAAGUGCAGCCUGUCUUGAGUGGCACCAUUCUAUGGCCCUCGUUCAUUAUAUUAUCCUUGAAGAUCAGUACAAGUGGGGCUUACUGCUGCGGCCGCCGUCUUAAAAGUAUCAUUUUCACCUAAAACGGAGUGUGAAAAAACCGUAUUGUAACCUAUUCAGUGGGCUAUCAUGUCUUAAGAAUGACUCUUGAUUUUGUUAGACUUUAGGUUUGAGAGCAAAAUAUAAAGAUAAUUGGUCAUGCAGUGAAAUUCAUGCAAUGCGUUGUUUUCUGUUUGUUUUGUUUGUUUUUUUUUGUUUGAGUCAAACUGAAUUGCGUGCUUUUCCAAAAUGAGAUUCCCAAAAACCUGCUUUGGAAUAUAACAAAUUAGCUUAUAUAUCCUAAAAUGAAACACUUAAUAAAAUCAUGUUCAUUUUCAUAUUGAAUUAGAACAAGGUUUUAACAAUAUUUAGUGUUCUUGUAUGAGUGAGGGGAUGAAGCAGCAUUUUAACCUGUUUAAAUUUGUCCUGGAUGUAUAUUUCCUGUCCUAAAGUAGUUUUUAUAAAAAAAACAGCUUGUAUAUUUGUCUUUCAGUUAUUAUUAGAACCAAAGUUUCGGUGUAGAGAUGCAAGAAACUUAUUAAUUUUGUUAUUUUUCAGAGUAUCAAGAAAUGACAAGUGAAGAACCCUUAACUUUUAAAUUGAUUUUCCUUCCGAGUUAAAAAAUUGAAACUGAAAUUUUUCUGGAAAAAAGUACUCGCUGACAUAAAAUACGCCAGAUGGUCACAAACAGCCAUAAAACUUUUCUCAUAAAUAAAAUUCUAAAAUGAAGGAGAUAAAUGGUUACGAUUUAGAGUGGGUACCAGUUGACAGGCCGUAUCUGAUUAAACUGGUUUUUGCUAUUAGUAAUACAUGUAACCGUGUCCUUGGGAAAUACCCAGCAACCAGUCAUGGCCUCCGUAGUCACACCUGAGCGUGAGAUGCAAGUGAUUUUGCAGCUAGGGUACCUGAUUCCCAUCGGGAUCUUCGUCAUGUUCUUUGGAGCUAAUUGUUAAAUUCUAUUUUGCAAAUACCAAAAUCAUUCAUAUUCAUCAAUCAUGUAUAGGAACGUUUUGCCGCAUUUUCGGGAUGAUCUUGUGAACAAUUUGGAGCGCCCGAUCAAUGCACAUAGCCUACAUCAUGACCCAAAUAACGGAGAAAGUAUUUAUCAGCUAUUGCUAGAGAAAGCGUUGUGAAAGCUUUUGUUUCCACAGUUACUAGGGCCACCGUUAAGGAGUCAUUAACAGCAUUUGUUGUUUAAAUUUAAUGGCAUAACUCGAAAGUGAUAUCACUAAGAAUACCAUACAGUACUGAGAUUCUCUGUAGAGUAACUGUAGACGUUUUACGGAGGCUUUAAGGGGAGAUGAUGAAAAAAUUAAACAAAAUAAAUUAUAGCGUUAAUUCAUAUAAAAAUCUCGUAAUUAUAAUUUGCAUUAAGUCAUAGUUGUGACAUGUCUCAUGAAGUUCAAUCUCAUAAUUAUUUCUUCGGAAAGUAUGUUAUUGAUAUGGCGUCUAGCUGCCAUCUGCAUUUGCAUUAUUUUUGCACUGAAUUACAAUGUCAAAUUUCACUUGCUUUCGCUUAGUCAUAAUUACGAUAUGGACCCCUAAAUAUGACUAAACACUAAGUCAUAAUCAUGACACGUAAGUCAUCAUCAUGACUAUGCCCAUGUUUUAGAAAUUCAUCAUGUCCCAUGCUUCUGAAUAAUUCAAAUUUAAGAGAAAAGGGUUUUCUCAUAGGGUUUCGUGCGAUUUGAAUCCGUGUUUUCCGUUUAAGCUAGUCUUCAUUCUACAAUUUGCGUUUUCAGUACUAGAUUCAGUACUACUUAGAAGAAUGAUAUUCGAGCGAGUGUCAUACAUAAUUAUUACAUGUAUAUCCAUUUAAUUUAAGGAGUCAACCAGGGGAGUUUUGAGAUUUGAUGGACAAUAGAACACCCCUGCCUCCUCAAUCGUAAGUCGUAAUACUCAGAAUGAUGCUUUUAUAACAACGAUGCAUUUGGUCUUUGUGCAUGAAAACACUUGAACCAAGUAAAUAAAGUAUUCAUUUGCAAUCUG